AUGGGUAAAGGAUUUCAAAAUUUUAUGAGCAAGAAGGAUUUCCAUCCAAGUGCUUGGUGGAAUAUCAAGAAGGUAUGGGAAGCGCGUCAGAAAGAUGAAAUGGAGAAAAAACGACAGGAGGACUUGCGUGUUGCAUAUGAACGGGAACAAGAUAUACUCAACAAUAAAGCCCUUCUGGGCGAUGAAAAAGCACGUAUGGGUCUUUCGUUUAUGUAUGAUGCGCCUCCUGGAAUUAACAAAAAAGAAGAGGACAAACCCGAACCAAAAUUCGAAUGGCAAAGAAAGUACAAUGCACCGAGAGAAGAGCAA